CUCAGUCUCAGCUCGGAUUUGAAAUGAAACCGAAAGUUUUUAAACAUCUACUGAUCAAUCUGCAGCUAGCAAUGGCUUCGAACUGUAAUAGUUCCGGCUCCCCCCAGGAUGGUGAAUCAGACAGCCAGCUCCCUUCUGCCGGUGGCCACGACGAUUCCCAGGAGGAAUGCAGCUUCUCUGAGAGUGAGAGCGACUUUGCCUCCUCAGACUCGGACAGCGGCCCUGAAUCCCAGCAGGGGGCCAGGCAGUCACGGCCAGCCCCUUCCCAGGCCUGCAAAUUCUAUAACCAGGGUAAAUGCAAAAAUGGGAAGAAGUGCCAGUACCUGCAUGUUUGCCAGUAUUUCCUGAAAGGAAAGUGUCGCUAUGGCUCCGGCUGUCGCUUGAAGCACAUCAGUAACUCUGGGUCGGAGUCUUCCGAAGACGAGGGUCAGAGCAGGCAGAGGAGAAAUGGGAGGAGGAGAUCUUCAUCAGGAGAGAACGCGGCCAAUGAUGGCAGGCCUUACAGAUGGCAGCUGAACAGUGGAAGCGGCUGGAAAAACAUCGAAAAUGACCACAUCAUUGAGGCCCAGUACUCACGGCCCUCUGCCAGAGGCAUUAGGCUUUACAACACUCGCUUUGGAGUGAUCGCCAUUGACUUUAAGAAAAUGAAGGUCCUCAAAAAAACUGGGUUGCGGGUUCGACGCUGGAGCUCCUCCCAGGCAGGGUUAAACACAGAGUGGGUUUGGUACUGCAGCAGGAAAAAUGACUGGGUGCAGUACGGAGAGAAGGACUCCAAGGGUAAGGUUGCCCCUGUAACAUCCUCCAAAAUUGAGAAGGAGUUCCAGAAAAGUCCGAAGGGCUCCCACAGAUUUACCAUUGACGCGACCAACUAUCAGAUCAAUUUCAGAGAUAUGAGUCAGGAGAAUUUGAGAAAUAGACGGAAGAGAGAUGUGGCCAGACGCCCAAAGCUGAUGAUACCCCAGGACAGAGGGGGCAGCGUAACAGCAGCUCUCCAGGGUUUGGGUGUGUCUUCCCCCACCUGGGAGUUUGAGGGAAAAAGUGGAAAGUGGUACAUCUUCAAACACAGGAGUGGGACAGACACAGAGUCUUCUGUCUCCAGUGCUGAGAUUGAGGCCCAGUUCCAGCGCAAUCCACAGGGCUCCAUGAACUUCACUGUUAGUGGCCAACAAUACACCCUGGAUUUCUCAGAUAUGACUCAGACCAAUCUGAACACACAUACCGUCCGCAGGGUGAGACGGUCAUAGCAGAUAAUCACCCACAAUGCACUGCCUAAGGAUCCAAAUUGCAUUGGUUCUCUGCUGCCAUCAUCUCAAUAUUACAUUACAGACAUUUAGCAGACACUCUUAUCCAGAGCGACUUACAAAACUUUUUCAAUACUGCCUAAAGACAAAAGCAACAUGUUUAAAGGAUCAUAAUAGAAUAUUAUGCUGCCGUGGAAAUGGGGUUCACGUUCAGAACCCACAACUAUAGGGAAUAUUGUUCCCACACAGCAUUACAUUACUGCACAGCAUUAUAGUACUUACUGCUUAUAAACCUUUACCUUCCUACAGACAACGCUGUCUGUACAUGUAUUAUGUACAUGUACACCCCCUUUCUCACUGUACCUAAAUUAUGUUGAUUAUAUAAUUAACUGUUUAUUACCUGUAUGUGCUUGCUAAAGAUGGCAUGUUGUUCAGUGGUUAUUUUAAAAAGUAUAAAAUGAGAUUUUCUGCAAUAAUGAAGCUGUCUGAAAUGCAGGCCAUGUUUUCCCUUGGGUGGUAUGGUGGUAUAGUGGGUAGCACAAAUCUCGGCCGGGGCCUUUCUGUGUGGGGUCUCAUGUUCUCCAUGUGCCUGCGUCGGUUUCCUCCGACUACUCCAUUUUCCUCCCACAGUCCAAAGACAUGCAGGUUAGGUUAAUUGGAGAGUCUAAUUUUCCCUUACAUAUGAGUGUGAGUGAAUGAUGUGCAGGCCCUGUGAUAGACUGGCGAACUGCCCUACGUGUAUUUCUGCCUCACGCCCAAUGCAUGCUGGGAUAGACUCCAGCACUUCCUGCAACCCUGAUCAGAAAUAAGUGGGUAUAGAUAAUGAGUAGAUGGAUGAAUGGUUUUCCCUUCCCUGGAGCACAGGGAUUUGGCACAACUACCUCCAAUUUAGAAAUCAGUGACAAAGACUAGCAGAACAGAUGAAGAAUUGUCACUGAUGACUACCUGCCCUUAUACUGGUAUAAAUCUGACAUCAGUUCUAGAUAACAGUCUGUGGCUCAAACCUGACAUUAGUUAGUUACUACUUGAAGAUGUAAUGGAUAUAGGUUAUAGGUUAUUGACUGGUAUAUUGCCUGCUUUAAAAAGGGAAUUGUUCCGUUUGGUACAAGAGCUCUUAGACUGCCCUAAAAUAGUAUACAUUUUGAUCAGAAUAAUGUUUUCAAAUGUUUACCAUGUUUUGAUAAUGAAUGCUAUACAAUACAGGUUUUUGGCAUAUCAACAAAACAAUAAACAUUUUAUGCCAAUGUUUAUUCUCCUCAUUGAGACGGUCUCCUGUUUCUCCAUUGUAUCUUCAUUUCAAUCUGUGGCUGACAAACGAUGUGCCAGAUAAAUAAAACUGCCUUUUUGGAAAUCAUGAACACCAA